AUGAGAGUUUCUUUCGUUGCCAUCUUCUUCUGUGGCCUGCUGCUGGGAUCCUCCUCGGUGAAUGGAGACGACGAUGACAACGGCGGGUCCUCUCCCUUGAGUCCCUCCUCGUCUGUUCCUUGCUCUUUGCCUCUCGACGUCAGCAGCAAGCUUCUCCCUUUCAACACCUCCUCCCUCAUCUGCAGCAGCGUGUGGAGUUCCCAGGGCUUCACGCUGAUGGUAGAUCCUUCUCUUUCCUUGCGUCAUCCGCACCGCUUCAUGUCAUUCUGAUCCCCGAGGGUGCUCCUUCGCAGUUCAAGCAGAGCGGGGCGAGCCUGUGGAGCUUCGUCCUCUCGGCGCCUGAUGACAGCGCGUACAUCGCCGUGGGCUUCUCACCCAGCGGCAGGAUGAUCGGCGCCAGCGCCGUCGUCGGUUGGGUCACCAGCUCCGGCGCUGGGAUCGUGAAGCAGUAUUAUCUUGGGGGCUACCGCUCAGGGGACUGUCCGCCGGACAAGGGGAGCCUGAAGCUUAUGCCCGGUAGCUCGACCAUCGUAUCGCAGUCCUCGAAGCUGUACCUCGCGUUCCAGCUGAACAUCGCUGCGCCCGAAUCGAACCUGGUCCUCGCCGUCGGGCCUCGGGGGACGUUGCCCGGGUCGGACAAUUACUUGCCGCAGCACCGGACCAUGGUGCGUGUCUCCGUUAACUACGUCUCCGGUGAGCCACUGUUCCCUCGAACCCACCUCUCAUACUUCCCGCGCCGGAUUCUCCGUAAAGCUGUUUUAACGCCGUCGUCGUCGCAGGUCAGGGCAGCUCCCCCGACACCACGUCGGUGACUUCCCCUUCGACUCCAUCCUCGUCAGUGUCAGCUUGCUCCGCCAACCUCAACAUCAACGCCAGCCUCAUUCUCUUCGAUACGUCGUCUCUCAAGUGCUACACAGCGUGGAGAUCGCGGGACUUCACCCUGCUGGUACCCGCGUCGUCGUCUUAUUCAAACACUGGCGGCGAUGCCGCCGCCUACCACAGACUCUGACUGAUGACGCGAUGUCUUGCCCUUCUUCCUGAUCAGUACAAGCAGAGCGGGCCGAGCCUCUGGAGCUUCGUCCUCACGGCGCCGGACAACAAUGUCUACAUCGCGAUUGGGUUCUCCUCAAAGGGGCGGAUGAUUGGGUCCGACGCCGUCGCCGGCUGGGUCCCCAGCUCCGGCGCCGGCGUUGUGAAGCGGUACACGUUGGGAGGUUAUAGCCCCGGGGCGUGCCCCCCGGACCAGGGGAACCUGCGGCUCGUGGAUGGCAAGUCUCAGAUCAUCUCCCAGUCGUCGCGCCUGUACCUCGCCUUCCAGCUGAACACUUCCCAGCCUGAAUCUAAUCUCAUCUACGCCAUCGGCCCCAGCGGCCAGCUCCCGUCGUCGGACUCCCUCCUGCCGGCUCACGUGGCCUCCACGAGCACCAGCCUCAACUACGCCACUGGUAAUAUUCCCUCCUCUCGUUCCCCCGAGGAUUUUAAACGAUCGAGAUCACGAAGGAAUAACUUGAAUUCGGCACUUUUUUGCUUAAUUAAUUGCAGGUGAGAGUUCCUCAGUAGUAGCGAGUUCUAAUCUGCAGCGAUUUCACGGGGUUGCGGGUAUGCUGGGGUGGGGAGUCCUCCUGCUCAUUGGAGUCGCCAUUGCUCGCUUCUGCAAGCGAUGGGAUCCGUUCUGGUUCUACGGCCACCUCUCCCUGCAGUUAUCCGGGUUCGCCUUGGGAAUAGCCUGCGUCAUCUCCGGAUUCAGCCUCGAGGACAAGGUCGGCGUCGACGUCGACGUCCACAAGAGCCUGGGGGUCUUGAUACUGGUGCUCGGUUGCCUCCAGGUCGGCUGAAAUCAAACUCGGCGGAACACUAACCGAUUAAAACCAUACAUUCUGUGACGAUCUUUGACAUGAUUCCUCCGGUUAUCAGGUGACAGCGUUGCUGGCCCGCCCUGACAAGGGGUCGAAGAUGAGGAGAUACUGGAACUGGUUCCACCACUACGUCGGAAGGGCCGCCAUAGCCUUCGCCAUCGGGAACAUAUUCUACGGCUUCUCCUUGUCGAAUGAGGCCGUCUCGUGGAGCAUCGGGUACGGGGCCUUCCUGGGCAUCUUGCUUGCCGUCUGCUUGGUGCUGGAGGUCUGUGCGAUUUUGAGGAACCGUGAGAGUUCCCACUCAGUAUAG